GCAGGUUAUAUGCGAUUGAGAGUAAGGACGUACUGUACCCAUACAGAUAGUUGGAAACUUUAUAUUGUCGGUUUAGAUGAGAUGGUGAGAGGUCAAGGACAACCAUGACCCCCUGGCGAGUGCUUGUGGCAGUGACAAUUAUUUGUGUCAUUUGCCCGUGUGUUGAACUAUCAGCAGUCCGAUAUGAGGUGGCCAGAUUUGAGGGUAAUGAAGUUUUCAACCACCUUGUUUGGAACAGAGAAACCCAAACAAUCUACAUUGGGGCUGUGAACGUGAUAUACAAACUUGAUCAAGAUCUUAAUAAGCUGACAAAUGAAACCACAGGACCAAAGGAAGACAAUCCAAAUUGUCCGCCUCUUAUAUCUGAAAAUAUCUCAAAGUGUUCGCUGAAGAGAACCAGAACUGAUGCAUUCAACAAAAUUUUGGUAAUUGACUACACCCACCAACGUCUGAUAGCCUGCUUUAACCUCUACCAUGGCUACUGCGAGAAAUACCACCUUGAUGACAUUAAGAUGAAGGACGACAUCCAGCAUAUCCCGAUUGUAUCCAAUAUGAUCAAUGCUUCGUCUUUUGCCUUUAUUGCUCCGGGACCUGCCAAGGAACCAGGUGGUAUUCAGGAGGAAGUUUUGUAUGUUAGUGCCACCUGGUCCACUCAGGGUCUUAAGGUAUACCGCGACCAGGUGCCGGCAUUUGCCAGUCGAAAUUUGGACACUUUCCGACUUGGGAUCAAGAACUUCCGAAAAUCAAGAAUCGAGAUUGAGUCACAACAGCGUGACACUUUUCCCGUUCGAUAUAUUUACGGAUUUGGAUCAGGCAAAUUCAGUUAUAUGUUAACAGUCCAGAAACAAGGAGCCCAACUGGAUAAUUUUAUCUCCAAAAUAUUCCGAGUGUGUCAAAACGAUGCUGCAUUUUACUCGUACACGGAAGUAGAGCUGAAGUGCAUGCACCAGCAGACCCACUACAACAUCCUUCGUGCCGCCUAUGUUGGCAAGGCAGGGAAGAACCUGGCCCAGGGACUGAACAUACCCACCGUGGAAGACGUCUUGUACGCAGUGUUUUCUCUGGGGGAUAGUAAUGCCGACACAGCUCUGUGUGUCUAUCCAAUGAGGGAAGUACAUAAGUCAUUCACGGAAAACAUUCAGUCAUGUUUCCAAGGCAUUGGAAACACAGGACCCGACCAUAUUGUUGGAUCAGGAACAUGCGUAAAAGCGAAUUUCAACAUUACUGAUGACUACUGCGGUGAACACGACAUCAACAACCCCAUCGACGGCAACAAACCGAUCACCGCAGAUGCCGCGCUGCGAUUUGGCUCACAUACGAAUGUGACGGCUAUUACUGUCGCCAUAACCCACGAUUACACUGUAGCAUUCGUGGGGACGAGUAGAGGAAAUAUAAUUAAGGUGACUAUAGAGAAUAGAAAGGUAGCAUCUGUAUACGACAACGUCACUGUGCAGGAAGGAAGUAGGGUCAACGCCGACAUCCGCAUGGAUGAUCAGAAGCUUCACCUUUACAUCAUGACAGAGAAAAGGCUGACCAAACUGAAGGUCCAGGAAUGCAGUCAGUACAAAACCUGUGGUGAAUGUCUAGGUGCCAAGGACCCCUACUGUGGCUGGUGCUCCCUGGAGAACAAGAUUAAUAUGUGCAGCCGCCAGGAUGAGUGCAAGGCCUAUGAGAUGACGAUGCGAUGGUUGCCCUACAGUGGACAGCAGUGCACCAACAUUACUCGUGUCGUCCCAGACAAAAUACAGAAAGACCACUCCUCCAAGACACACACACUGCAGUUGCACAUUGAAAACCUCCCCGACUUUCCUGGUCAGUACGAGUGUGCCUUCAGCCAUGACAUGCGUUUUGUUCCGAUUAUCACGAUCGCCAACAAGACAAUGAACUCUGGGAAGAACACUGGAGUAACAUGUCAGACGCCACUACCCAACCAGCUCCCCAUGGUUCCUACAGGACAAGAUCACAUUGUGAUGCGUUUGUCUGUGAGAAUGAACCAGCAGGACUUUGUGUCAACAGACUUCACGUUCUUUGACUGCAGCCUCCACAACUCAUGCACCAGCUGUACCCAGAGUGACUUCCCCUGUACGUGGUGUAUCAAAGGCCACAUUUGCAGCAACAUUGUAACUGAUGACUGUCGUCGUAACGAAACACUAGUUACUGGCAAAGCUGUCCGAGGAACUACUCGGCGUCCUGGGCCAAAGACAUGUCCAAGGAUAGAGAUGAUCAGCGAUCCACGAGAUCCUCAAAUUCUUGUUGCUGCCAAUACUGACACUGGUAUUGAGGUCAGGGGUCUGCAUCUUGAGGCUUACCAGAUUGGAGGAACCGGCCUCAAGUGUAACUUCAACUUCAAGUCCGGCAUGACUGUUCCAGCAACUGUACUACCUUCCCGUGAUAACACAUUUAUUAUCAAGUGUCAGAAUCUGAACUUCAACUACUUUCCGAAUGUGAGCUACCAGAACGUGCCGUUCAACAUCAUGUGGGAGAACAUCAAGGCUCUGGACAACCCUUCCAACAUCCAGGUGACGAUGUACAAGUGUCACGUGAUGGCGGAGUCUUGUGGGUCGUGCCUGACCCAGGAUGAGAAGUACAAGUGUGGGUGGUGUCAGGACAAAGAACACUGCACCACUGAACCGGAGUGUAGCAGCAGACCCUACAGUGACUGGCUAGGGCAUCAGUUAACUUGUCGCAACCCCAAAAUAGAAACAAUAUCCCCCCAGUCUGGGCCUCUGGAAGGUGGAACCCUGUUGACCAUUGUGGGAGAAAACUUGGGCAAGAAGAAAGAUGACCUGCACGUGACCAUCGGGCCGUUGGUGAACUGUGUCAUCAAGGAAUAUGUGGCACCCAGACAGAUUAUUUGUGAGACAGGUCCUGUGGUUGUAGAACAACAGCACAGGGUCAAGGUCAAAAUUGCCAAUGAAUAUGAAUCAACAUCAGCAAGCAUCUUCAGAUAUGUGCUUCCGAAAGUAACUGACAUCAACCCUGAUUAUGGGCCUCGCUCCGGUGGAACCAGGGUGACGAUAUCAGGAGAAAACAUGGACGCUGGCACCAAAAAGACUGUAUACAUCAAUUCCCACAUAUGUGAUGUCAUACCAGUGACGUCAAGCCCUAAUCACCUGGUCUGCGAGACUUCCCGCAAAUUGCAAGACUCGGGCCCAAGCCCUGCCACCAUGUUCCCUCCAAAUAGAGUUGUGGUGAAGUUUGACAACCAAAUCAUCAAUGCUGAUCAUAAGAUCCGAUAUGCCUAUGUUCCUGAUCCUGAUGUCACUUCCAUCAACCCUAAAAAAGCCAUUCGAAGUGGCGGUUUACGCAUCACUGUUCGAGGAAGCUAUUUCACCAAUGUGCAGAGCCCAAAGAUGCUGCUUGGACACAACAACGAGGUCUUUGAUAGCAUUUGUGACAGAAAGACAGACACAACAUUGGUCUGCUACUCUCCAAUGGUGGAGACCCUAGCCCCAACACUGAGUGACGAUGUUGAUCACGUUGAUGUGUCGUAUGGAUUCAAGAUGGACGGUGUUGAGAACGUCAUGAACCUGACUGGCCGCAGCAUGGAGGUAUAUGGAGUGUUCACCCUCUAUCCAGACCCUGUGUUUGAGAAGUUCAAGAAUGGAAUGAAGUCCCACCAGAAGAAGACAGAGUUUCUGACAAUAGGGGGAAGUAACCUGAACCCAGCCAUCCCCAAGGAGGACGUCACUGUCCACAUCGGCACUGGCCUCUGCAACGUCACCUCCAUCGCUGCCACUCAACUCACAUGCCGACCACCCAAAAGCCAACCACAGUCCAAGAAGGGAAAUGACAUUCCAGAAGUUGUGGUGAUUGUCGGCCAGAACUUGACAUUCAGCAUCGGCCGUCUCAAGUACGAGGAAGCGGAGAUGUUGACGCUACCAGCAAUUAUCGGUAUUGCAGUUGGUGCCGGUGUACUGGUGCUUUUGGUCAUUAUCGUCAUUAUCGCCUACCAAGUGAAGUCACGGCGUAGCAACGAUAUGAUGAAGAAAAUGAGGAUUCAGAUGGACUCGCUAGAGGCUCGAGUUGCCAACGAGUGCAAGGAAGCCUUUGCGGAACUUCAAACCGACAUGACAGAGCUGACCAGUGACUUGUACGGCCAGGUGUCGAUACCGUUCUGGGACUACAGAACCUAUUGUAUGAAGGUCCUGUUCCCUGGGGUAGAAAACCACUCUGUUAUCAAGGAGCUGCAGGUUGGCUAUCGACGAAACCAGGAAGAUGUAGAACGAGGAUUGGCUCUCUUCUUUCAACUCAUGAGCAACAAGACAUUUCUCCUCAUUUUUAUCCGGACUCUUGAAUCCAGUAAAACAUUCCAGCUCCGAGAUCGUGUGAAUGUAGCAUCUCUCAUCACCGUUGCUCUUCAAACCAAAAUGGAAUAUGCUACUGAUAUACUGAAAACUUUGCUAGCAGACCUGAUAGAAAAGUCAGUAGAGGGUAAAAAUCACCCCAAGUUGUUACUGAGAAGGAAUGAAUCGGUUGCUGAGAAGAUGUUGACUAACUGGUUCUCUUUCCUCUUAUACAAAUUCUUGAAGGAAUGUGCGGGAGAGCCCCUAUUCAUGUUGUACCAGGCUAUAAAACAGCAGGUGUCUAAGGGUCCAGUCGACUCGGUGACCAGCGAAGCCAGAUACUCCUUGUCCGAGGAUAAACUCAUCAGACAGCAGAUUAACUAUAAGAUCAUGACCUUGAAUGUGCUGGAUAUGGACAGCUAUGCGGAGCAGAAACAGACGCACACGGUCAAAGUCCUCGACUGCGACACAAUCUCACAGAUCAAAGAGAAGAUACUUGAUGCAAUGUAUAAAAAUGCUCCGUUCAGCAGUCGACCGGCCAAAGAAGAUUUAGAUUUGGAAUGGCUCUGCCAUGAAAAAUCUCGACAGCUGAUUCUUCAUGACGAGGACACAUCGUCGAAAACGGAGAGUGACUGUAAGAGAUUGAAUACUCUCAACCACUAUCAGGUUCCUGAUGGAGCAUACGUGGCCAUUGUACCCAAACAGGAUUCCGUGUACAACUCUUCUAUCAUAUCAGAUAAAUCAAACAAGUUUGACCAAAUGCCAUUCAAUCGGAGCCCACCGAUGAGCCGCACUGUGAUAUCCCCUCAGUCUGUUACUGUUGACUUUGACAACAAUGGAGUCAAGUUCUACCAUUUAGUGCGUCACCAUGACACUGAUCCCCAGAAGGAGGGUGACCGUGGGAGUAAGAUGGUGACAGAAAUCUACCUGCCCAGAUUGCUCGUUACAAAGGGCACACUCCAGCAGUUUGUGGAUGACUUGUUCGAGCGUAUAUUCAGCACAGCACACCGUGGUUCCGCACUGCCACUGGCCAUCAAAUAUAUGUUCGACUUCCUGGACGACCAGGCUCUGCUUCACAACAUACAGGAGCAUGAGACAGUCCACACGUGGAAAUCCAACAGUCUACCUCUUCGUUUCUGGGUAAACGUGAUCAAGAACCCCAACUUUGUUUUCGAUAUCUACAAGUCUCCGAUUGUGGACUCGUGUUUGACAGUGGUCGGACAGACGUUCAUGGACUCCUGCUCUGUCAGUGAACACAGAUUGGGCAAAGACUCUCCUUCCAGUAAACUACUCUAUGCCAAAGAUAUCCCCAAAUACAAGAAAUGGGUGGAGAGGUACUACCAAGACAUCAAAAUGAUGCCUGCCAUCAGUGAUCAAGACAUGACGGCCAUGUUGACUGAGGAAUCACGGUUACAUCAAGGAGAAUUCAACACGAACGCGGCUCUCAUGGAACUGUAUAAGUACAUACAGAAAUACUAUGAAGAGAUCAUGUUUGCCCUAGAAGAGGAUGAGUUUGCAAGGAGGAGUAAACUGGGCAUUAAACUGGAGCAGGUUCAAACCGUAAUGGAAGGAGAUGCAGUCUGCUAGUUCCUCCCACUGUGCCACCAGGUCCCAGGACCAAUCUCUUCCUCUCCCUUCACAUGCGUGGGUCACUCAACUCGGUGCUCUCGCUGCUCUGGGAGAUCAUGUCAGAGUUAUCUCCCUUUCUUGGUGCUGCAGACGUCUAUGCACAUUUAGUUUGAUGUUGCCUUUCUGACUGAAUUGUCUUCGGAAAUAAUUAAUGGAGCAGUAUUUCAUUCUGAUUAUUUCAUCAGCUGACCAUCGUGGAUAUAUGCUUGUUUCAGUUUGGAUCGAAGCCAGUGAGGUGUUUUUUUAUUAGAACUCCCAGCUGAGACACUGGUGCUUUUUUUAAAACUAGACCUCCAGGCGCUUGUGCACAACAAUAUGUUGAUAUAUUCCCAGUGACAAGUGUGAACAAGAAUUUGUGUGACUUUGAAAGACAAUCAGUGCUGAAAACACACAUUGUUGACAACAAACUGAGUCUCUGGCAGUGUUCUGUGUUACAAUAAUGGCCAAUAUCAUGGCCUUGGAUCAGGAUAUAUAGGAGCUAGUCAUGUGACCAAAUUGGUCCGGUAUAACAUCAUUAGGUGAUAUCCGACAAUGAUAUAUCAUGAAUUGUUUGACCUACACUGAUGAUUGUGUAGAAGCGACAGCUAACUGUGCUAUAAUCACCCACUGAUGUAGACUUCAUACCUUGUACAUUACCAUUGCCUUUAAACAGCACAUAUGAAUAAUAACCUUUUAGUCUGCAAUAACAUACUUAAGAAGAAUGGCAAUUGCUCAUGAGAUUUCUAGACUUAUGCUCAAAACAAUAGAAUCUUAUAGCUGCUUAUUUUCAUGGAAAUGUUUUGAAAAUAUGUUUGCACGUAUCCUAGUAGAUAUGCCACAAUUCAAGUGCCAAGUAAUUUGGGGGAUUAUCAUUCCUGUAGGGUGCUUGCAGACAGUUGGCUCUGCAGGUGAAACUCAACAUGUUGUAUUUGAUAACUUUUGACAGUCUGUCCUUCCAAUGUAAACUAUGAGCUUUAUUCAUAUUGUUAUAUAUACAAGUGCAUUCAUAAUACUCAGACUUAUUACCAUCUUGUUGUCACUUUCCUGUACCAUUGUUCUCAGAAAUUUUUUAACAUUUUGGAAUCUCAGAGUUUGUUCUGUGGAAUAAGGUACCAUAUUUUAAAGAUCACCAUUUUUGCAUGAAAAUAUGUUAAAUACUUGAAGAUUUGUUUUGUCAGUCAUGGGAAUUUUAACACCAACAGAGGAAUUCGAUAAAUUUUGGUAUUGUCAGAGCAAAUAGAAGCUUUUUCUUAGUAAUGGUUGUCAUGGUAACCUUGGAACUUCCAUGAACAGCUCAUUGUCUUUCAAGCUUUGGUUUACGCAAAGCUGUUUCCCAUGAUGCACAGUGAAAUAGUGCCUUUUUUGGCCAACAGGUGGAGUUGCAAUCUACAGGGGGAAAAACAAACAGAUAAGGUGUUGGCCUUUCUUAUGCUUGAUGUGUUUACGUUUAUGACUUUUCCUCAUGUAAACAACUGCAAACUUGAAAGUUUCAAUAGUUAAACGGUACAUUGAUGUUUCAUGCUGGAAGAAUGAUUGGUGUAAGAUUUUCAUGUUAUUUUCAGGUGAGAAGUAAAACCUAGUUUAAUCGUUCCUGCAGAAGAGUUUGGGAGCCAUGUUUUAUAACUGUUUACAUGCAGUGUCUUAUGAUGCUCUAUGCAUUGACAAACAUUUAUCAGUUACUGGCCUCUUGGACUGACCCCUUGGACUCAGAAUUAGGGGGCCUCAAAAUAUCUCAUUAGGUUGACUAGCUAUCACCACACCAUACUAUCACACAGCCAUAUUACACUGUGCUACACACUGAACUAAACACUAUUAUCACACUGAACUAAACACUAUUAUCACACUGCUACAUACUAUUAUCACACAGCCCUACCACACUGUACUACACACUAUUGUCCCACUGUACUACACACUAUUAUCACACAGCCAUACCACAAUGUACUACACACUAUUAUCACACAGCAAUAUACUAUUAUCACACAGCCAUACCACACUACUACACACUAUUAUCACGCAGACAUACCACACUGCUACACACUACUACAGAUGGAGAUGUAUUCAUUUACAUUUGACCAUGGUAAAAGAGAAAUAAGUUUUCAUAGCGUAAGUAAUUACGAUUUGAAAAUGUUAGUUGAGGUUUCCUUUUGAUGUGGUACAGGUACAUAAUUGUAUAUUCCAACACUAUAGACAAUAAGUUGCCCCACCUGACAUAGUAGACCACACAAUGAUUGGUCCAUCUGUUUGGACCUGAGAGGACCUGGACCAGAAGCCUUUGAUCUAGGAACAAAGUCAUCAGGGCAGUAACUGAUAAACUCAAAAAUCUUACAAGGGCAAAUCUUUUUGUAACAUUUGUAGUUGAUCAUCCAUGGUGCAUUGGUGUCCAUUACAAGAUCACAGAAGAGCGUUGUUUUUAUGUAAGUUCUUUGUUGAGACCAAGCUGUGCCCAAGAACCAUCGGAGAAUUGAGCUUGAGUUAACACAGACAGGCCUACACUGUUCUACCCUGCUGCCUAUGGCUGGAGUCGGCCAAACUAAAGGAUUCCAUCAAAAUUUGUUACAUUUGAAAAUUGAAUCUCAGUUGAGGAUUCUGUUGAAUUUUUGGAAUGGGUUUGUCUUUAUACUUGGUGGAUCUGAAUAUGUUACUAUAUUUCUAUGGCAUCUAUCAACCAACUGCUGAAAGCUAUGCUGUUAAAGCUCUCUGAUAUUGAAGACAAUCUACAUUUUAGAUGCUAAUGGACACAGUCUUUUUGCUUCAUUUUCAAUAAUCAAGAACUAGCAAAAUUUAGUCAGGAUGAGUAAAACUGAUUCAUUCUUUCCAGGGUAUGUUUGUGUUGAAGAUCCAAGGAGCAUUUUUAUUUUGUGGGUGAAGCAUUGGGUGUAAUUGUUAUCAGUCAUGAAUUUAUAUUACUGAUAACUUGAUAGUGGUGGAGACUAAAAUAUUUGUUUUACAGAAUAUAUAUUGGAUCUUAUAGAUUGUGUAGUUUAGGGAAAAGUGGGGUAGUCCAUUGGUUAAUGCAUUUUCUGGUCUGUCUAGUGGUCUGGGUUCAUUUCUUCACAAGGGGAACAUGAUUUGAAGCUUAAAUUGUUAGCUCCAAAAUUAAGUGUAAGUCACUCACUCACCCACUAUGGCAGGUUAUGGAGGAAUAAAGAGGGGCCCUUAACAUGGGUGAAUUACAGUUACUUGUUCAGGCCUGAUGAAUCCUUGUGGUUGAUACCAUGAGUUCAUGCCAUGGAGACAAUGAAUCAGUUCUGUUCUAAUUUAGCUUGUAUCAGAGAGCUGCCUCGUAUUCAUCUGUAUAUAUUCCAUUGUCAUAGCAACAUGUUUCCAGCACUGUGUUCAAUCAUCUUCAUCAUCAUCAUCAUUGCUGAUAUCUUGGUCAUCAGAUAAAAAUUGGGUCGUCACAGAAUAUUGGUGCCAAAUUUGUAGUGUCAGCUUCUAGGAGAGGGUGGGACACACAGUAGCCAGUCUAGACCAGGGCAAUUUGUUUGAAGUCUGUUCAUUAAUGAACAUUUUUUUUAGAGAAUGUUGUUCAUGUCUUCAGUGGUUAAUCCUGAAGACUGAGACAGCAACAUUCUUUCCCAGGAAUUUGACAAUUUCCACCUCUGAGAAACUUACUGGUCAGUGUCGUCGCUGAGAAUGUCAUUUCACCAGUAAUUUUCUAAAGAUAAUCUUCCAUUAAUGUAACCACUCCCAGUGUUUCCAGACUGUACAGAAGCAAUAUAUUAAUGGCGUUGGUCUAAGAAACAUUAUAGUUUCAAAUGCGAAUGGGGAGGGAUAUAAAGGUAUUAUUAAACCUUGAGGAUCUAUGGGAGAUUUUUCCAUCGAUAAUCACUCAUGAUUACGUUACCAUGACGUUGGAGCUAAUUUUAUCAUUUCUCCUGCGACUCUGUACAAGUAUUAACUGAAGUGAUAAAAUCGCUGGAUAUCAUGGUAGCACCAUUGUUGAUCAUAUCAGAGUUUAUUUUUGUACAUUACCGUUGUCGGCUCGCCUCCACACCCUGGUGGCGCCCCCUAGUGGCGACACGAGCCAUGAAAGGUGUGAUACUUGCUGUACUUCUGUAUAUACAUUUGUUAGCUAUGCAAAUACUGUAAGUAGGAUUUUGUGUGAACACGUUGGUGUAUAUAGCUGCUACCUGUUCGGGAGACAGGGGAAAUGUGUAGAGUUGUUUGUGUUUCUUUGUAUAUACCCUCAUAUGACAAUUGUGUAGGCAUCUGUGGAAAUAUAGACCAAUACUGACUAUAGUAUACAAGCCUACUGAGUAUCGUGAAGGCAUCUGUGAGAAUGUAGGCCAAUAUCUGUAGUGAGUACGAUUCCUGUUGAGUAUUGUGUAGGCGUCUGUGAAAAUAUAGGCCAUUAUCUAUAGUGACUACCAUUCCUAUGGAGUAUUGUGUAGGCAUCUGUAAUAUCAUAGGUCAAUAUCUAUAGUGACUACGAUUCCUGUUGAGUAUUGUGUAGGCAUCUGUGACAAUACAGGCAAAUAUCUGUAGUGACCUCAGUCCUAUGGAGUAUUAGUGUUCAAAUAACCUCUCUGUUGCAAUCUUGCCCCAUGAGUAUCACAAUCUCCAUGAAGUUAGAAUUUGACCAACUCACAGAGUGUGUGGACCAAUCCGAUUGCUCGUAGCUGAAUUUCUUAUUUGCAUAUCUUUAUGUCCAUGGAUUUUAUUGGAUAAGCUUUAAAUGUGAGAAUUUGAUUGACAGGUAGACCUGGGAGCUUGGUGACCUUGGGGCAAACUAAUAAUCAUUGGUGAAUUUGUGUUGUAAAUCUAGAGAUGAGACUAACAUAUACACACAAAUAUCCAUGAAUGUUGUUUGAGUGUUGAUUGUCCCACAUAGCAUGUUGUUUAUUUCCUUAAGAUACUUACUCUGGUUAUAGUGACAGUAUGAUUUGUACAAAGUGAGACUUGUAAGUCAAGCAUGAAUAAUCUAUGAAUAUUUGUUUAAACAUCAAUUGCAAAUAUAAAGGAACAUUGAUUCUAGCUGGAUAUAUAGGAUAUACUAUAUGUUGUUCACAGGAAGAUGGCCAGCUGAUUUCCUGUGUAUCUUAUGUCCACCAAUAUUUCCUCAUCUACAGAUUCUUGCCCUUGGUUGUAGUGUACAGUCUACGGUCUACAGUCGUCAGCAUUCACGCAGAUAAAACGCUUGGAAGAUCACACAUUUACAGACUGAAACAAUACCAUGUUUAUUUGUAGAAAAAAAAAACAUGUAAAAAAAAGUUCUUUUGUUUGAUACUUACACAGCAAUAAAAUAGCACAAUGCCUUUCUCAUGUAGUAGAUUCUAGAUUUAUUUGUAUAUUGAACUUGUGGCCAAAACUAUUGAACCUAGUCGAAAUAUUGUACAAUAGAAGUUCUUAAUAAAUGGCUUUUAUAAUAUUCUUUUAAGAACCAUGUACUUUCACUCGUGUUAGAUCAUUUAUUUAACUAUAUUUGUAUAAAGUAUUCUUAAAAUGGCGUUUACAUUUUAUAGAGAAUUUAGAUACAAAGUUAUAUAUUUUAAUUUUGCGUAUCCAGUUAGAUGUUUUGAUAUUUUUGUUUAUGCUUGAAUAAAUUUAAAAUAGACUGAUCUAGGUAAAUUAGAAGGUGAGAAAAUCAACCAUAUAAUUUUCAACAGCCUCCUAGUCUACAGCUGAAUAGCAGAGGGUAUUUUAAUGCUUAAAGGGAGUAUAUCAUGUAUGUUCAUUAAUUCAGCUAAUCCAUUUCAUCAAAGUGUCUUUUUCAGUGUAAAUAACACAUUUUUAACAAAAUAUCCUUUUGCUACUCUAGAUUCACGUUGACUAGCCAUCUUAAAUGAAUUAAAUUGUGAAUUGAAAUGUUUAUUAUCUCAGUAGCAGAAUGUAUUUAGAGUGAGUGGUUGUCCUUAUUGCUAGGUACCUAGACUUGCUGAGAGUUGUUUAUAUAUAUUCAGUGAGUGAGUGAGUGAGUGAAUGGGUUUAUAUAUCCAGGCCAGCAAUAUCACAGCUGUAAGAGAAUGCCAGACAAUAAUAUUCAGAGAUGAGCAAACUUGUCUGUGAAAGUCCACGACACUAUUUCCAGACCAAUUAAAUUGUAAAUUAACAAGUGUGGUUUCAAGGGUAUAAUGUUUGACAGCUCUUAGCAAGUCAGCCAUCAGGUUUUGUUAAAUGUUUGGCUUAAUUUGUGUGGUCUUGAUGAGUUGUGGAUGCUGUUUAGAUAUUUGAUUUUGUAAAUUUUGUAUGUUUGAGAGCGAGAGGGAAAUGUGGUUUUCAUAAACAUCUUUUGUAUGUGUUUGUAUACAUCCUUGUAUGGCUGCCACAUUGUGAAGUCUUCAGUCUGCACAGUAUUCUAAUAAACUGGAUGGCCUUCACAUUGAUGUACCGUGACCUUCAGGGUCAACCAUUUUCAAUAAAUACAACAGUAACUAUA